GUCAAUCACAGCACUCUUUCCCGGCUUAGACCAGGCGCGCCGGACGAGUGGCUGAACGACGAAAUAGUAAACUUUUACGGAAAUAUGAUCAUGGAUCGAACGGAACGUGAGGGAAAGCGUAAAAUCCAUUACUUCAACUCUUACUUUUAUUCAAAGCUUCAACAGGGAUACGAGAAGUCAAAGUUGCACAAGUGGACCAAGAAGAAGGUUGAUAUUUUCGAAAAAGAUUUGGUACUAUUGGUCAUCAACAUAAAAGGAGUACAUUGGACGGCUGCUGCGAUAAACUUUGAACGCAAGCGUUUUGAAUUUUACGACUCGAUGAAUAAUUUGCAAAGAGAUAUUUAUGCCAAUUUGCGAGAAUAUGUCGAUUGUGAACAUCGUAACAAAAAGGGUACUCCUUUCGACUUUACCGGUUGGACAAACGCUUGGAACCCUGAUGCUCCUUCGCAGGAUAACGGUUCCGACUGUGGAGUAUUCGCUUGUCAGACCAUUGAAGCUUUGGCAAGAGGCAGGGAUUUGAUAGAUGAUGGGUUUGAAUUUGACGCUAGUAACAUGCCAUACCUUCGAUAUCUCAUGGUGUAUGAGAUUACCAAGGGUAAGUUGGAGGAAAGAUGGCCCAAAAGUAGAUAA